AUGUAUGUGAGAACGGAACUGCGCUCACAAACUCGAAGGCCGGAGAGAAGGAAACGAGACGCCCCGAAGGCAGAAGCCGUGUGGCGGCUCUCUGAGCCCCCCACUCCGAUCAAUAACGCUCUCCUGCACUACUGUUCGCACUUUAAUGGCAUGUCUACGACUACAUCCUACGAUUUGUUUUGUCAUAAUUUCACAUUUCCAACGUCCUCAUUAGUUGGUUGCUAUGGAGAACAACUAACAUCCCUGUUUUCUUCUCUUUUCAACUCGAAGAUUUCGCUCUGUUGUACUUGUCUGAUUGACUGAAGCCUUCUUUUUAGGGUCGAUUGGAGCGCAAAUGGCUGAGAAACCUAUCGAGUAUUGGCUCAGUUUGUUUUUCUUUUUUUUUACUCAAUAAAAAACCGCAUAGUUCGGUCAGCUGGUUACAACUAAAAACAUUGAAAUGUCUCCUGGAAAAUUAAUUGACUUCCACAGCUUUUUAUUUAGUUUCUUCUACUUGAUAUUAAAAAAAUUUUUGUUAUCAGCCAAAAAAAUAUUAAUUUGAAAAAAAGAAAAAAAUCACUCUUCAUUCUCGAAAUUUGCCAUUUCAUCUAAACAAGUCUAAUUUAGAAUGAAUUUGCUGGGGUCUAAUAAUUCAGAAUAUUAUCAAAAAAAGCUUGAAAACUUUUUUUCAGGCCGAGCGACUGAUCCUUAUCUUGGAAUAAAAAGAAAGGCAAGGGUUUUUGGAGACGCUGUGCAAUCGGGUGAACUUAGAGGUUCGUUUUAAUACCUGGAAAAUAUUUUUUACAACAUCCACGAAUGGAAAAUUUGGUAUCAACGAGUUUGCACAAAGUCCAAUUUUUUCAAACUUUUUUUUUUCCAAUUUCAGUUUUGAUACUCAAAGAAUAGUUUUUACUCUUUUCGAAAAGGUGAAAAUUCCAGGCCGACGGCGCCAGCGUUGCAAUUGAAAUCCUUGCGCACAAAGUUGUGAGCCCAGACCAGGAUGAAGCGUUGUAUUCACUCCAGGUGAUAUUUUCACCUGUCUUCCAAUCUAUUUUUCUAUUUUCAGACUGUCGACGCGUUGGCUCGUCGAUGUGGGGAGAAAGUUCACAUCCGCCUUGGUAGAUACCGGUUCUUGAACCAGCUGGUGAAAAUAAUCACACCGAAGUAUCUUGGUGCUCAAACUUCUCAAGAAGUAAGUUUGCGUCAGAUUAGUUCAUUUUUGGCAAGAGCCAACCUUGAGAUUGAUUUUGAAUUAAAUUUCAAUAACGACUUUUAGGUCAAAAACUUUGCGAUCAAGCUGCUCUACACUUGGCAAAGGUCUAUCAAACACAUUGGGAAGUUCAAAGAGGUUUUAUUCGUUCGAGAAUUUCAGAAAAAUUAUAAAACAAUUUAUCGUGGUUUUUGUAAUGAACUUUUCAUUUUGUUUCUGAAGGUCGAGACUCAAUUCCAAAAUUCGGAUUCCAGUACUUAAAUAUUAUCGAAUGUUUGAUUCAAAUGUUCCUAAAUCCUCCUAGUUUUACAUUAUGAAAAAUGGGAAGAUCAAUCAAAUCGAUAACAGCAGAUUAAUUUUCUUCGCGUUCAGGUCUACGAUUCGCUCCGUGAGCACAAUCUGAUUACUGAGGAUCCCUCCAUUCCCGAAGAAGAGAUUGCGAUUGCGCCAUGUGAGUGCUGCUUUUUUAUGCAAUUUUCUUAAUGUGUCUGUUUCCAGCAACUCCGCGUUCGGCUGUUUUUGAGGACGAAGAAAAGUCCCGCGUUUUGAAGCAGCUGUUGAGCAGCGGCUCACCCGAAGAUCUACAAGCUGCUAAUCGAAUGAUCAAAAACUUAGUGCGGACUGUAAGUUUUUGAAAUGCAUAAUAUUGGUGAAUGAUAACUGCUUUUGACAGGAAUGGUCUUGAUAAGAAUGUGUGAAAAGAGUGAAAUCUUAAGAAAGGGUACGCAAAAAACCAAAAUGGUUGAAAAUAUCUCAAAGGGUGGUCUGAAAAAAGUAUAUUGUGGAGAAUAAGAUUUCGAAGUCCUAUGCAUUCAAUGAAGGAAAUUUUUCAGGAAGAGCAGAAAAUCGCAAAAGUCCAUCAAAGAAAUGGAGACUUGGAUGCUGCCAGUAAACUUUGUCGAAAAAUUGAGGAGUGUGUAGUAGCCAAAGCUGCCCAAUCUUUAGGGCUGGUUGAUGGGGAUAUCGAAGAUGUGAAGGUUGAUCGAAAAAACUGAUCCCUUAUCUAUAUAUCCUUUAGAAACUCUACGAUGAUCUCAUUUCUAUCCGACCAACUUUGUACAGAUACGCCGGGGAGCUAGCGGAGACCGAAGACCCAGCUCUGGUUCAAGUCCUAGAAGUCAAUGACUACGUCAGUCUUUUUUUUACCUCCUACAAGUCUAAACUGGAGUCUCAGGUCAACAAAAUCAUCAGAAAGUACGGCGCUGAGCUGGCUGGGAAACACAAAAAUAGAACACCAAGCACGAAUGAACUCGAUUCAAGGAGUAAUCUUGGAAAUUACAAAAACUUCAUGUAUCAAAAUUGUAUAGGCCUAGUCGAAUCUGAAAUGCUGCUGGAUUUGGCGAACGUUGAGCCUAUUACCUCUUCACCGAUCGUCAAUGAGGUAUUGAAACGACUUGAGAAUAAAAACUUGGAUAAAAUUUAGCGAUCGGAGAACUUUGAAGAGCUGUUGGAAGCACAAUAUCCUGUUCCUGAAGAACAACCUGACGUUCCCUUCAUCGGCUUCGAGAAGGUUUUCAAGACUUCAUAGUCUUGAAUAAAAUACUGAGCUUCUUUUUUCACAGUGUUCGAGAAGAUUAAUAAUUAAUCAUUUUUUGAGCUAGAAAUAACUUCUUCAAACUAUUGACGUGAUCCGAUUUCAAAUUUCCUACCAAUGUUUUUUCAGAACAUGACACCCGUUUUGCCAAGAAGAUCCGGCCAGAAAAGCGUUGACUCAAGGAGAUUACUAGAGAAAAACGUCAAGCCGUUGUUUGAUGUCGGAAUUUUUGAGGAAAAUACUAACCACACCUUGUGAGUUUCACGAAUUACUUGCUUUUUUCCUUUGAUCUUCCUCUCAAAUAAAAAUGACGUUUCCAGCUCGGAGCCCAAAAAGCCAACUCUCAACGAGUUAUGUCAUUCCGGAGCGACUUCGUCAGCCUUCCUGCUUGAUCAACUGGACAGCGCCUUUCCGGUCACGUCAAGUUCAAAAACCAUCCAUCACGACGUGAGUAUUCCGCCCACUUUAUCAUGGACUUUGUUGGAAUUUAGAACGGCUACUUCCGCACGCCGGCCAAUAUCUUUCCCGAGACUAUCACUUUUGACCCAAAUCAAGUGGAAUUAGGUAGGUAGACGAAAGAAUUCGAACUCUUUUCGAAAUCAACCGACUCAGAUUUUCGUGACCCAGUUGUCAUCUUGGACAAAGAGUACAUCCGCGUCGUGCUUUAUUGGUAAGAGAUUGGUGAUCUUUGAUGGAACAGAAUAAAAUUGAUCAAAUAAUAUUCAAAUUUGUCGGAUACUACAGAAAUUAAACCGUUCUGAGUUUUCGAUUAUGAAAUUGAAGUGAAAUAUGUUAGAAAAACCCGUGUUUGUAGAGGCCAGCCUGGCUUGAAAAAACAAAAAAUAAACUAUUGGGUUUUUUUACUGCAGGACAAAACUUGAUCCGAAGAGUCUGAUCCGCUCUUUCAUCAUCUCGGCCUCAAACGUACACGUAGAAACUCUUCAUGAUGUUCGCCUCACCAUGUGGACUACCGAUCAAGUAUUUUUUUUCCUUCUUCCGAGCUCAAAGCUUUUUUAAAAAACGGUCGUUCUCUAAAACAAAAUUCAGGAAUUUUUUUUCGAGCUUGAAACUUUUCGAAAUCUAGAAAAAAACGCAAAAAAAAAAAGCCAUCUUGACCGUGAUUGAAACUGAAAACAACAGAGUCGACAUUGAAUUAACUUUUUGAAUUUUUCCCAUUUUUUUAUUUCUAAGAUGUACUUCAGAGUUCUGUUUCACAAAACCCUGCCUUUUCCAGCAACUCUCAAUCAAAGUCCAGAAGUGCGCAUUCGAUCUGCCAGGAUUUUCGCUGGCCCAUCAGAAAUCGGAGCCGACCAACAGGAUGAUGUGCGUUUUACCGAUCGGCGAAGUCAUUGAAGUAGGCGUCCCGCUUGGAAUUCCUUUUGACGGGUGCGUUCAGGCCGAAAUCGACUUCUCCAUUUCGUUCACGCAUCAUUUCGAGCGAACCAUCACCGGCAGUUUCACGUUGAAGUUCAAAUAG